GCUUUGUUGAUGUGUUCGAAGUGUAUGGGCAACAAUAGUUGGAAAAAUGAUGAAACGGGUGAUUGCAAGUUAUGUGGUGUAGGACUAACCCGAAUGAAAAGCUGGACAGCAGCAUUUUAUAAAAAUCCUUUGCGUGAAUUUCUGGAAUGGUUAAUUAAUGGAUUAGGGUAUGAUCGAACGUUAAGAACUUAUGCCAUCUCACACUAUGGAGGGUUUGCUUGCUUAUAUUAUUUUAUUAGAAAUUUUUUAGUCGCUAUGAUAUGCAUCUGCUAUUAGGAGAGCUCAUCAAACACUUUGGCAUCGAGCCUAAAAUUACAAGAACCGGAAAUAAGCUUUACGAAGUUCUUAUUAAGAAGCAGCGAAGACGAUGCCCAUUUAUU